AUCACAAAGCCAUUUUCUUGUUGGUCGGUGGGUGAAUGACUGGGAUGUGCUGAAACCUGGUUGAAACAUCAAAUUAAGUUUCUGUAAAGGAUUUCUGGAGUCUUUUUACCACGAUGAGUUCAAUCGGAACUGGGUAUGACUUGUCUGCCUCAACAUUUUCCCCUGAUGGAAGAGUGUUCCAGGUGGAAUAUGCCAUGAAGGCAGUAGAAAACAGCAGCACAGCAAUUGGGAUCCGAUGCAAGGACGGGGUUGUGUUUGGUGUCGAGAAAUUGGUUCUCUCCAAACUUUAUGAACAAGGCUCAAACAAGCGCAUAUUCAACGUUGACCGUCAUGUAGGAAUGGCAGUGGCUGGACUAUUGGCUGAUGCACGAUCCCUGUCAGAGGUUGCCAGAGAGGAGGCCUCUAAUUUCAGAUCCAACUAUGGACACAACAUACCCCUGAAGCAUCUGUCAGAGAGAGUGGCUAUGUACGUCCACGCCUACACGUUAUAUAGCGCGGUGCGGCCGUUUGGGUGCAGUUUCAUUCUGGGCUCUUACGAUCAAGAUGAUGGUCCUCAGCUGUACAUGGUUGAUCCCUCUGGAAUCUCAUAUGGUUACUGGGGAUGUGCUAUUGGAAAAGCCAAGCAAGCUGCCAAGACAGAAAUUGAAAAGCUUCAGAUGAAAGACAUGACCUGUAGGGAGUUGGUAAAAGAGGUAGCGAAAAUAAUCUACAUUGUUCAUGAUGAAGUAAAAGACAAAGCUUUUGAGUUGGAACUCAGCUGGGUUGGAGAAGUGACAAAUGGAAAGCAUGAGCUGGUUCCAAAAGAUGUCCGGGAGGAAGCCGAGAAGUACGCUAAGGAUUCUUUAGAGGAGGAAGAUGACUCUGAUGAAGAAAACAUGUAAACUUAUUUCUGAGGUUACAUCACUCUUCCAAAUUCAUCUACUGACAGGACAGCUAUCAAAGAGACAGAUGGAAGUUAUUUUGUAUGUUUUGUAGUUAAUGGACCAUUCAUGUCAUUUCUUUACCUUUUUGUUUCGAUGGAUUUCAGUCUUGAAAUAAAAUUUGAAAUUGAAUACUG